UUAUUGUUUUUCUUCCUCUUAUUCUUAAACACUUAUUCCACCAUGUUCUACUAUCCCAGCGUUCUGCAACGCCAUACCGGGCGCUUUUCUACAAUUUGGUUGGCAGCCACUGGUGCCGCUAAACUCCUAAAGCGGGAAUAUCUGAAAGUCAACGUUCCCCAAACCUGCGAGGAGAUCAUGGCGUACAUCCUGGUCCGCGUCCCGUCGCCAGUUCCUGGGUCAUCCCGGCCACGAUUCUCACUCUACCUCUCCGCUCAGUUGCAGUACGGUGUGAUCUUGGUCUACAGUCGCCAGUGUCAAUAUCUUGUGGAGGAAAUUCAACACAGCUUGGAGCUCCUUAGCCGUGCCCGUCAACAAAUAAGGAUUGAUCUGACCGACCUUGAGCAACCAGGCCUGCUGGUUCCGGAUCAACUGGCUCUAAUGGAAGCUCUGGAGGAAGCCCCCGACCCCUUUUUCGGCCUGAUGGAACCGCUGCUGCCUAGUCCUUUCUCCAUCCCACAUGUCCGAGACAUCUUGGAGGCCCCAACUCCUGACAGAAGUCCUCUGGAACGGUCCCCAACCUCCGUCCCGCCUCGCAGGGCAGGAAAACCAAGGAUCACAGUCUCUCCUGAAGCGAUCACACUCAAGGAAUCCGAGCCCAUCACACUGCUGAAAAUUGAAGAUGAGCAAGACCUCCCUGAAAUCACAGCUGGAGAGAUCGACCUGUUGGUGGAGCAGGAGGGAUUCCUAAUGCCCGAAUCCGUGGAGGAAGCCAGAGUGCCAGAGCCAUGGGUGUCCUUGGGGCUGUCGCCUCCCACAGGGACUGUGGAGGAGACCGUAACUGCGAAAGAAACGGGGCUGAUCUUGAGAGAAGAGGGGCAGCCUUCUGUCGGCGUUCCUCUGCAGCCUUUGGAGAGUACGCCUGCGGGAGAGGAACCCAGGUUCCCACCGACGCCCCCUUCGCCCAGGGCCAGGGCCAAGAGAGGGCCACCUGCCCCGUUGAGUCCCGAGCUCCGACUUCCCGAAUACGAGCCGUCGCCGCAACGCCCCUCCAAACGCCGAAGACAGCUGCGUUUUAUGGACGUGGUGACUCAGAUUUCCAGGGAGGACUUCCAGAAACAGAUCUCAAAUCCCCGCAUCCAGUGUCAGCCCCUGGAGUCGGUUCUCCUGCCAGCAAAGCGACUGAAGACUCCAGCCGAACUGUUGAGUAACCCAACCUACGGAUGGAUGCAUCCCACUCUCCGUGGAUUAUGGGCCCGCUGUGCCAACAUCCAGCAGGUGACUUAUGCCAAGCGACGAGCUGUGGAGGAGGAAGAGCAGAGAGCCGAAGUUCCCAGUGAGCUUGAGGAGCUGCGGGCGGCCGAGGAACCCAGCGGGCCCCCCGUGGGCUCCUCAGAAAUUUCCCUUGAGACGACGGAGGAAGAAGCCCGCCCAAGCUUGGUGAUCCCUGAAGAGAGGAUUCUCCUAGAACCGGAAAAUGGGAUCUUACCGGUGGUGCCGGACCUCCCGGAGAUAAGUUUUGAGUUGCCGCUGGAGAAGGACGUGAUCACCUUGGGCUACGUCCGCAGGUUGGUGGCAGCCAAGCUGGAACAGCUGGAAGAGGUUGAUUUCGAUCAGCUGGUGCCCCUCACGGCUUCCCGCGCUGUGGCCAGCCGUGUCUUCUACAUGUGUCUGGUUCUUGCCGCAGCUCAGAUCCUGUGCUUGGAACAAAAGGAGGCUUAUGGUCAGAUCAUCAUUAAGCCAGGAGCGCGUUUCCCUCACAGCUAGCAGAUUCGGCAGUGGAUCUUGGCUAGCUCGUCAACACGGGGGGGGGGCUUCGUCAUUCUGACACGGUCCCUUCUCCCCCCCCCCUAACCCCUCCCCCCCAAAUAAAGGUGCCUCCUUGGUGAAGAUUCAGCCUUGCCAAGAAGACCCAUUUGGUGUUUCAGGUGACAUUUUGGAUUAAACCAAUGUAUUUUUCAGAUUCUGGUUCUUUGCAGUUCCCCUUUUUUGUAAAUAAAUCUGUUGGGUUUUAAAUUG